CUGAGUUUCAAGUCUCAAGCUUUUUGAGAUCAACCAGCUUAAAUCAAAAUACCCAGAACCAGAAAAGUAACGCAGUAGGAGAGCAAAACUAGAGAUAUUUUCUUCCUUGAAAAUUGUACUGUAGCUUUUUUUUUUUGUAAAUUGAAAGGUGAAUUGGGAUAGGGGGACCAGCUUCCUGGUUAGUAUCUGAUUCUCCAAUGGAUUCCGAUUUCUGGACCCCCCGUCUCGCGGCUGCCAAGCGCCAAUACACGAUGCAGCACCAUAACAACAGCUCUCAUUUGGAUCGUUUGAGCAUCGAUGAUUUCGAGGUAGACGACGAGAUCCGACCCGAUUUCCCAUGCCCGUAUUGUUACGAGGAUUUCGACAUCGCCUCUUUGUGUUCGCAUCUCGAAGAUGAGCACUCGUGCGAGUCAAGAGUUACGGUUUGUCCCAUUUGCUCUGUCAAAGUUUCCCGAGACAUGCUGAAUCAUAUAACACUGCAACAUGGACAUUUGUUCAAGAUAUCCUUAACAAUGGAAAUUUUUCUUUGCUUGGUCUUUUUCUUAGUAAUGACUUGGAUACAUUAUGCAUGUCAAACCACUCAGAUUGUGUGUAUUGGCUGAAUUGUCAUCUAGGUUUCCCUUAACUGAAAGAUUACUUGCAGAGACGUCAUAGGUUACGUAGAGUUGCAAUUCCUAACAGUCAAGCACUGUCUCUCCUUGGCCGUGAUCUGCGUGAGGCUCAUUUGCAAGUACUUCUAGGUGGAGGUGGUGGUGGUGGUGGUGGUAGUGGUGGAUAUAGGUCAAACAGUGCUAACGUGUCUUCUGCAGUUACUGAUCCAUUCCUUUCAUCACUUAUUUUGAAUUUCCCUGGAUCUGAAGCAGAAGAGAUUUCAAAGUCUGUUGCAUCAACUGUUGAAGACACCUCUUCAAAGAAUGCAGCACCAGCCCAUAUGUGGAAAUCAAGUUUCGAUCCAAAUUUGAGUUAUGAAGAGCGAGAAAAGAGGAUGAAGCAGGAUACUGAUAGAGCCGGUUUUAUCCAGGAUCUGCUUCUGUCAACUCUGCAAAUCGACUAACAAAACGUGUAAAAAUAAUGGAAUGAGUUAAUCAAAAUCUUGGAAGUACUUUUAGGUGGGAUUCUAAUGGUUAUAUGAUGUUUGUGAACCUAAUGCAGGUCUCAUUGGAAUGUUGAAGCGGCAAUUGGUUGCUCCAUUAUAAGUUCCCCAUCUGUAACUCAUUUCUGAACCAGAAAACUACUGGAAUUAUGUAACUAUCUAGUUUAUGCUCAAGUUUAAUGUAUGAGGUGCUUAGCUGCUUGUUACAUUACACCAUCCAAUGCAAAAUCUGUGCCAUUAUAUCUGUUGUUUCCAGCAGAAAUGUACAUGAUCGAAGAGAUGACUCGAAAUUUUAUCUGCUAAUUUAGAAGAAGAAAUGCUUGUUCUAUGA